AUGGCCGCUAUUGUCACCCUCCUACUACGCUCCUCCGUCGAGAAUGGCGACAACCAAGUCAAGAACAGGGCGACGACCACCUUCACCUCGCAGGACAUCUACCGUCUCAAGCUCGCGCGCCUUCGCCUUAUCGGCCUCUUCCUCGUCGGCCUCGCCAUCGUCGCCGUGACCAUAACACGCCUAAUCAUGAACGUCACCAAUUACCAGCGCUCGGGCGCCUCCCACAACAUCGCUAACAUCGAGCUCUUCUUCUCCGCCUUCGUCGCCAACGCUCCGCCUAUCUACGGCCUCAUCAACGCCAAGAUUUCGAGCUCGACCUAG